AUGUCCUUCGUGAUGCACGAGAUCAUCUAUUUUGGCCGCUCAAUUCCAUGGGCAAUCAUAGACCGCAUUUCAUACUUCAACAAAUACAAGAUUCAAAAUCAAAAAAUUCCAACAGCACAAGAACAAUGGAGUUGCGCUAAACUGGUUCUGCUUUCUCAUUUCACUGUUGAGCUACCUCAAAUAUGGCUCUUCCACCCAAUGGCUCAGUAUGUCGGGCUUGCUACCGGCGUACCCUUCCCCUCUCUCCUCACAAUGCUGUACCAAAUCGCUGUGUUCUUUGUGUUGGAGGACACCUGGCAUUACUGGUCGCAUCGUGCGCUCCAUUGGGGCCCGCUCUACAAGAACAUCCAUAAGAUCCACCAUCAAUACUCGGCUCCUUUUGGCUUGGCAGCAGAAUACGCUUCGCCCAUCGAGGUUAUGAUCUUGGGUCUCGGCACUGUGGGCGCUCCGUUAUUAUGGUGUGCCAUAACCGGCGAACUUCAUAUCUUGACAAUGUACAUCUGGAUUGUGUGCCGACUGUUCCAAGCCAUCGAUGCGCACAGCGGAUACGAAUUCCCAUGGAGCUUACAUCACUUCCUACCAUUCUGGGCUGGCGCAGAGCAUCACGAUGUUCAUCACGAGAAAUUUAUCGGCAAUUAUUCGAGCAGCUUUAGAUGGUGGGAUUACAUAUUGGACACAGAGUCUGGGCCAGAGGCGGCCAAAAAGAGGAGAGAACGCCGGCUGGCGAAAGAAAGGGAAAAAAUACAAUGA